GGGCGGUCUGGUUGGUGUGGAGAAGAGUGAGUAGAGUUCCUGUGUUUUCUUCUUCUGGACCGUCUUCAAGAGGGAAGAAUUAACAUGUCGUCCAUAAUCAGAAAGGUGAUCAGCACCACAAAAGCCCCGGCGGCCAUUGGUGCCUACAGCCAAGCUGUGCUAGUGGACAGGACCGUUUACAUUUCUGGACAGGUAGGCAUGGAUCCUUCUACUGGACAGCUUGUGCCAGGAGGGGUAGUAGAAGAAGCUAAACAGGCUCUUAAAAACCUGGGUGAGAUUUUGAAAGCUGCAGGCUGUGACUUCACUAAUGUGGUAAAGACAACUGUUCUUCUGGCUGACAUAAAUGACUUUGGCACUGUCAAUGAAAUCUACAAAAUGUAUUUCCAGGGUAACCUUCCUGCCAGGGCUGCUUACCAAGUCGCCGCUUUACCCAAAGGGAGUCGAAUUGAAAUUGAAGCAGUUGCUGUCCAGGGGCCCUUCAGCACAGCAUGACUAUAAGUAGUUAUGCAGAUGCUGACUCUGAAGUUUUUAGAAUGUCUUUCACACCUUAAUUUUUACAAAUGAUGCUGGGAAAUACAAACAUGACCAGAGUGGCUGCAGUCAUCAUGGAAAUGACCAUCUCUAUGAAGAUUUGAUAUUAACUGGAGAUCAUUCAGUACAGUGAGUGAUAUUCGGAUUACACGUGCAGACACUUGCACUGUUGAGUGUGAUCACAGACUCAGCUCAGCCACUCAAGUGGGGAUUGGGAAGGGAAAGGUGAACAAUAUAAAGAGCACACCUAAUUCAGUUAAAUUAUAUUAAUUUUCUCAUGUGAAAUAUUUACUUCUCAUGUUAGAUAUAGGAAAGCGAAUCAAAAUAUUGACUUGAAUAGUACAAAAGAAGAAAGUGGACCAAAAUCUUGUACAGAUAAUAUUUCUCUAAUGAAAAUAAAAAAAAUAGAUUUGUAACUUU